AUGCCGCGUUACUUGAAGAUAGAUGAUGUCCCGGCGAUACUGUCGGAGCUGCAAGGAACUGGUACCGAGACGCCAUACCAGAAGGAUGCAUGGCAAAAGCGCUGGUGCUACAUUACCGAUAAGACCGAAGCGAACGCAGCCGUGCUGUCUUACCGAUGGCGCGUUCGUGGCCGCGCUGAGAAUAUCAACGACUACAAGACGUGGAUAUCCGAUUGCGGCAGAGAGGGCUAUUCGGUUCACGACCUGCCUGAUAAUGGGCCAGUGCCUGUCAACUGGUCCUUAGCGGACGGCCAUGCCAUACAAAUUGAGGUCGCCGCCUGGCUGUUGUGGCUGCACACCAACAAAAAAGCCAAGUAUGCCUGGGUGGAUCAGAUGUGUGUACCGCAGGACCUGGCGAACCUGGAGGAGAAGAUGAAUUACAUCAAGGAAAGCCCCGCAAUCUACACAGCCGGACAAGUGUAUGUGAUUAUUGCCCCGGUUGUGGACUACGCGACAGGCAAGAUCAUGAACGCCAAGGAGGCGCGCAGCAUCGUACAGCAGUACAAUUCCGAGAUGGACUCGUACAGGGGUGUUAGUUUACUGAGCCGGUCAGCGGUUAAGGCUCUGUUGGUCAACAACUCGUACAUGCGGCGUGUGUGGACCAUUCAGGAGGCGGUGGCAGCCAACAGCCUGUCUGUGUGGCCGCUGAGGGGGGAAGGCCAAGUCAACUCGUAUCAGAGCAUCCAUGUGGUGGACUGGACCGAAUUCAACCCCUGGAACAGCCACCCGAAGCUGGGACCGCUGUACCUCAAGUUCGGUGACAAGGCACUCGAGGGCUUUUACGAGGGAGACUACACCGGCAUUAUCAAGGUUCUUCGCGAUCACCCCUCUGACGGCAUUGGUUACCUGGCCAUGAUUAGUAAGGAUCUGAUGUGGAUCACCAUGGACCGCAGCGGCCUCAUCAGCGACAUCAAGAAGGCGGACAGCCCCGCCAAGAAGGCGUUUGUGCUGCUCAACAAUCACCAGACUCAGAGCGCCCGCGCCUUCCUUCCCGAAGACCGCGUGCUGGCCCUGAUCCCGCUGGUGGACUAUCCGGCGUGGAAGGAGGUGACUAAGGGGGUGCCCGGAAGACACAUGGUGCAGGCGUCCGUGGCGUGGGCGUACGGCAUCAUGGAGGCACAGAUGGCCACGUGGAAGUGGUCGAUCCGGGUGUACAACAGUCCCACAUGCAAGGCCCGCGGUCUUGACCAGCUUCAGCCCCGACGUAACUUGGGGAACAAUACGGCAAUGUGGGGGGCUACCAGCUCGAAGGUGCAGAUUCCCACCGAGGGCGGCACCCUUGUGCUCACUUCGCCACCGCCGCAUUCGGACCCCGAAGUCAAGGCGUACCAGGAGUCCCAUGCUACAAGCUCAUUGUCCUUGCUUGUUGAGGCGGCUCUUGUGAUGCCGCAUCCCGGCCAGGCCAAGUACUGGGGAGGGGGCCCCUGGACCUCCAUCCGUGAUGUACUGCAAACCGACGAGGUGUUUCGGUUGUCCGUACAGUGGGGGCUGGAGCCGUGGCGAAACCCGAACCUCGGGCUGGACGCGGAGCAAUGCGCAGUUGUGGUGUUGUCCGGGGACCUGCCUAACCCCGUUAUGGUGAUUGCGGGAAUCCCGGAGGGGGACGACGAUCCAACGACUGGCCAGGUGAUGGAGGUGGUUGAGACUCCGGUCUUCGGCUGUUGUUAUGGUCACUUGAAUAGCAUCAUUGUUUUCCGGUGCGUCACUAGUUUUCUUAUGCCCAGGGACAAGUAG